CCACAGCCGAGUGAUUAAUCGAGGUGCUGCAUGGGAUGUAGGGGAGGAAAUCUGCGACGAGUUCUGUUUUCACACUGCCAAGAAACUUCACUUACCGAGGUGAAGACUCCUGCAACAUGGAGGCCUUUUAUGAUCAGCAGGUUCCCUUUGUGGUCCCUGAGAGUAAAUGUCACACACAGGAAGCAGCAAAGUGUCUCAGCGAUAGGAAGAGGAAGUUCAUGGACACCGAGCUGGCUCAGGACACAGAAGAUCUAUUCCAAGACCUGAUUCAGCUCCAAGAAAUAUGGAUCGCUGAAGCUCAAGCUACCGAUGACGAGCAGUUUGUCCCGGAUUUCCAGUCCAAUAACUUGAUGUUUCAUGGACUGGCCGCCAGCAAAGUGAAGCGUGAACCCAGUCCGUCCAAAGACUUCUCUCCCUGCAGAACGCCUCAGGCUGACAUGUGCCUUUACAGCUACAGUGCCUGUGAGCCCGCUCCGACUCCAUCCUCCACACCUGCAGUACAACAACGUGGCUCCAUCCACCCUACUGGACCUCCACCUUUACAGAGGCAGUUACAGCCAUCUACCCCUCAGCUGACCAACAACUGCUCCCCAAACCACACUCCUGCCCUUAGCCCCUCCCACCUCCGCAACCUUCCACAGGCCAAUCAAAGCCAGCAGUUUGCUAUGCCACAUCCUCCCAUCGGCUCUUCCAGUGUGUCGUUCAAUGCAGAACAAAGGUUCCAGCGGCAGUUGUCGGAUCCCUGCCUGUCUUUCCUUCCUCCAAAGAAGACCGCAAACACGCCAUACCACCCCGCCAUCCGUGACGGGAGGCCAAUGUAUCAGCGCCACCUUUCAGAGCCUCUGGUUCCCCACGCUCCCCGGGGUUUUAAACAAGAACUGGUGGACCCGAGAUAUCCAGAGCCAGGGCCUCCUACGUCAGGUCUGGCACGUCCUCAGACUGCCUUCAACCAUGUCACAAUUAAACAAGAGCCAAGGGACUUUGGCUAUGACUCGGAGGUUCAAACAUGCCAGCCGUCAUCCUUUGAGAAGUCUGCUUUGUACCAAAAUAACAGUGCAGGAUUUGGUCCAGACAGAGAGCAGUGUCUGUACUAUGAUGACACCUGUGUUGUGCCGGAAAGGCUGGAAGGUAAAGUGAAACAGGAGGGUCUGCCGUACCAGCGCCGUGGCUCCCUGCAGCUGUGGCAGUUCCUGCUCACACUCCUGGACAACCCAGCCAAUGCACACCUGAUCAUCUGGACGGGGCGAAACAUGGAGUUCAAGCUGAUUGACCCCGAAGAGGUGGCUCGGCUCUGGGGGAUCCAGAAGAAUCGACCUGCCAUGAACUACGAUAAGCUGAGUCGCUCGCUGCGGUACUAUUAUGAAAAGGGCAUUAUGCAGAAGGUGGCCGGUGAGCGGUACGUCUACAAGUUCGUGUGCAACCCCGAGGCACUUUUCUCCAUGGCUUUCCCAGACAAUCAGAGGCCAAGUCUCAAGCCUGACCCGGAUGCUGUCCUACCUCCCAGCGAGGACGAAGGCUCCCACCUCCCCAGCUAUGAAGAUGACGGGCCUUAUCUGGCUGAAGGAGUGGAGCAGUGCAUCCAAAGACUGGGCCUCCCUGACGGCUACCCGUACUAGACUCCACAGCCUGGCAGCUGAAUUAUUUUUAACACGAUGUAACCUAUAUUUACGGAGCAGUGUUUGAGAAUUUUUAGUAUUUACCUACGUUAUCUGUCACAAAGACGCAGCAUUUGAAGAAGUUAAUUUCACAAAAAACAAAUUAUUAUUAAGCCAGAAAGCUAACAAAAAAAAUAACUGAUGGUUAAACUCAGAAAAUGGGGAAAAAAACUCAUCGUAGUUCUGAUUUGGUUUCACGUAUUAUAAUAUUCUAAAAAUAUCUGGAAUUUUAAGAUUAGUUUACAUUUGAGCAGUCAAUAAGAUUAUAACAUGUAUCUAGAAGGAGAAGGCUUUACUUUACUUGGGAGACUUGUGAUGGGUAAAAUGGUAUUGAGUCAGGUUUGUUGGGUGGGAUAGGCAGUUGUAGCAAAAUGAGGCUGGUUAAAUUACAAUGACAGUUUUAUUUUUUGUAAAAACUGCAUCGGUCCUGAAAUAUUCCAGCUUCUUGUAAAAUUGUGAUGCUCAAUAUUUUUUUCCCAAGCUUUUUUUUUUUUUCCCCUUCAAAAUGCUCCAUUUUUAUCUUUAAAAUUCUUUUUGUUAGUGACAGUGCUCUUGAUGCCAGUUGUAUUUUUUUGUAGCAUGGCCAUCUUUGUAGUCCUCUUGCUUGUGAACUCUGGGAUUUGUAUUACAACCAAAGUAUCUCAAAGCCAUGGCAGUCCUUUACUGUUUCUGUUUUAAACUGCUUGAAAGGGACUGACUUGUAUUUUCAGACCUAUGAAUUAUCCUAUAAACAUCUGUUUGAAA